UUCCACCACUUCAGGUAAUUUCAAUACUUCAUUUAUCCAUAAAUCUAACAAGAAAAGUAGAUAAGUGUAAAGCAAGAAGCCAUGAACAUAACCUUCCAAAAAUCCCACCUUUUACUUUUCUCACUAAAUUUGUUCCAGAAAAAACUUGCAAGUGUAAACUAAAAUGGUGAAGCCUCAAUCUAUUACUAUUACAAACUCAAAACACAUAUAGCAUAAUCACCUGCAACUUCUCUUCAAUUCAAUCUUCCAAAUGAGCCGUCCGCUUUUCUCCACCCUGUUCCUCUCGCUGCUUUUGAUCAAUCUCUCUUUCUUCUCAGAGGUCGAAACGACGACGUUCAAGUUCGUCAACCGGUGCCGGCACACGAUAUGGCCGGGUAUACUAACCGGCGCCGACCGCCCGGUUUUCAACCCGACCGGCUUUACUCUCAAGAGCGGGCGAUCCAGAACGCUCCGGGCGCCCCAAUCGUGGUCGGGCCGGGUCUGGGCCCGGACGCACUGCGCCACUGAUUCCACGGGCAAAUUCUCAUGCGCCACCGCCGAUUGCGCCUCGGGGAGGGUGGAUUGCGGUGGCGCCGGCGCGAUUCCUCCGGCGACGCUGGCAGAAUUCACUCUCAACGGAGAUCAAGGGCUGGAUUUCUACGACGUGAGCCUUGUGGACGGGUACAACAUCCCAAUGCUUAUAAUCCCUAAGGGGGGUACAACCGCGAGCAGCGGGUGCAGCUCGACGGGUUGCCUCGUCGACCUCAACGGCGCGUGCCCGCGUGGGCUGGCGGUGGCGCAUGCCAGGGAGACCGUCGCGUGCCGAAGCGCGUGCGAGGCGUUUGGCAAUCCGGCGUUCUGCUGCAGCGAGGCGUACAAUACGCCGGAGACUUGCGAGCCGUCGGCGUACUCGCUCUUCUUCAAGAGCGCGUGCCCGCGCUCCUACAGCUACGCCUACGACGAUAAGACGAGCACCUUCACCUGCACCGGCGCCGAUUACACUAUCAUCUUCUGCCCCCUGCCUUACACCAGCAUGAAAUUUCUGGCAACACGGAAGGAAUCAGCACAGCUGCCUCUAGUGAACAAAAGUACGAUGUACGUUGGGAGGCGCCGCAGCAUGCUGUCAUUACCAGGAUGAAACGCAAUCACAGUAUACGAAGAAUGAUCAAUUUGUAAUGAACUAGGUGCUUGAAUUAGAUUCAAGCAUGAUCACCUCACCAAUGAGACGAUGCAAGCAUAUGAAUAUGAAGCAUCUUUGUGAAUAGUAAUUUUGCAUUUUCUUAAAAUUACGCUUCAGGCAUUAGAAAUGGUAUGUGCUAUGCCACCUUAUCGACUUAUCGUUGACGUUGUUCUGUUUGUGUAAGUAAAUUUUUUGACGAGAGAAACUUGCAGUCGCUAAUUGAGAAGAAUUGUUGGUGAUUCAAAUCCCGUUCUCUUUCUGUAUUGGUGAUGAGUGAAGAAUAGUUUUUGUACCCUCGCAUCCGAUAAAAUUGGAUCGAUAUAGCGAUGAUUAGCAUGUUCCGGCUGUACCAGAUGACACUCUUAAAACCUAGCAGCCAACAAUAUUCAUCCGGAAUAUGGAUCAUUCGACGGAAAUGAAAGGCUUUUUUUCUAUUCCAGAGGUGUGUAUAUUUCUCAAAAGUUAGAUCCUUUUUAAACAUUUUGAAGAUAAUUUAUAUACAAAUAAGGAUUUUUUAUUUAUAUAUAAUUAAUAACGAACUUUCAGUAUUUUUUUAGUACCAUGAUUUUGUUAUUUUGUUAUU